GACAACACAAUAAGUGUAACAUGGCCGCAUUGCUCAUCUCCAUCACAGACAGGCACAGCUUCUUCCCCACUGCAUCACCACCAUAAAAGGGAUCACAUCUUCCCAACAAUCUUUUUCUAAAACAGUCGUGUUCUUCGUAGUUUAAAGUUUUAAAGAGCAAGAUAAACUCGAAGCGAUGAACCAAUUUGAUCCUGAAUGGAAGUUAGAAGAGGAUGGCUUCCCACAUAAUCUGGGGCAAAAUACCGAACUUGUAGAAUUACUAUGGCAAGAUGGGCACUUGGUUAUGCACAGCCAUAACAAUCGCAAAAUCUCCAUGAGUGGCAGUGAGUUUAAACCAAUUCAAGAACAUGAGGAGGACUCCAUGAACUUGAUUCAAGACGAAGAGACUGUGUCAUGGCUUCAAAAUCCCGUGGAAAAUUUGUCGGAAAAAGAAUUCUGUCCAGAGUUCUUCUCCGAAAUGGCAGAUACCAACGCAAUAUGCCCGGAAAAGAUAAACACGGCAGCUAGAGAUGGAAAUGGCUUUGCAUCAUCUGCUCCUGAGCAUUCUGCCCAGCACGAGGGGAAUAUGCUGCCUCCUAAACCAGGUUAUAAACAAGAGUCCUCCUGCAAAAAUGGUAGUGGACUAAACUGUUUCCAUUUUCCAGAGUUACUGAGACAAAAGUCAAGUGAGAAAGGAUCCAUUGGCCUGUCGACGGUAGGGAGUCAGAUGUCUACAACUCCAAUGACGGGAAUUGGAUCCAACACAGACGGAAGUAGUCAAAUUCAUGGACAGGGCGAUCUUAGGAGUGUUGUUGUUGAUACUGCAGAGGGGUCGAAGGAUGUUGCUAGUAGUUGUUUUCAAUCAGAAAGUGGGCAAAAACAUUAUCCUUCAUCAUCAGGAACAUCUGGUUCUAGCUUUAAAUGCCAUACAGAAGUUCAGCAUGCAAAGAUCGAUUGUAAAAAGAGGAAGAAGGGACUAUAUGUUGGUUAUUUGGAAGAUCAAUGUAAGGAUAUAGAGGAUUCAUUUGAUGCAAAGAAGCAACGCAGAAGCCGUGCUGCUGAAGUCCACAACCUAUCUGAGAGAAGAAGAAGAGAUAGAAUAAAUGAGAAGAUGAAGGCACUUCAAGAACUGAUACCUCAUAGCAAUAAAACAGACAAGGCAUCAAUGUUAGAUGAUGCAAUUGAAUACAUGAAGUCUCUCAAACUACAAAUGCAGAAGAUGUGGAUAGGAAGUGGCAUGGCACAGAUGAUGUUUCCAGGUGCUCAACAAUAUAUGGCUCAUGCUUCAGUUCUUUCAAUGCAUCAUCCAUUUCAACUGCCAACUGUUCCAGUAGCUCAUCAUCAAUCUGUAGGGUUACCUACUGCCACAAACCAAUCAAUCUUUUGCUAUCCACCAGCCUCGCAUGCAGUAAAUAUGGGAAGCCUGAUACAAACUGGUCAUCCUCAACAAUUUCAGGCCUCGUAUCAUGGCUUUCAUCACCUUCAACCUCAUUCACAGGAGAUGAACAUAUGUGCUUUUGGACCCAACCUUGUGCAGCAAAGUCAGUUGGAGAAUCAAAAUCUCACUCAAUGUGGCCCUGAACAAGGUCCUUGUGAGAAGAAUACCAAUGGCAGUAAAUUUGGUUGAUGAACAACUUCAUUUCUGGUGGUUAGGAUGAUAAACAGCUUUCUAUUUAGAUAAAAAACACUGCUAGAACAUUGAUGCAGUUAAUUUUGCUGUUCAAAAAUAAACUGCAUCAUCAGAUUUUGACAUCGGUGACAAAUCAAAUUCAGAAAUAGAAAGAGAUUUUGAUACAUUUUGUCUUCAGUUGCUUCCUGGUAGUAGUUAUGCAAUAUGUUGAAGCAAGCAUCUCUCAUGUGUCCAACAAAUGCGUAAAUUGGAUAUAUCUUCAUGUUAAGCUACAAAUCUGUUCUUGUUGCAAUGUGAUGAAACCAUGAAUGAUUCUUUCUUCAACUCAAAAUAUCAA